UCCCCCCGGGCACCGCCCGCCCCGCCCCUCCCGGCCCGGGGCCCGUGUCAGGGGGGCGUGUCAGGCGGCGGCGGCCCCGGGGGCUCCGGUAACGCCGCAGCGCGGGGCGGGCCGGGCGAGCGGGCUGGAUCGUGGCGGCGGCGUCGCCGCUGCUGCUGCGGGAGCCGUGCGGAGCGGGGCAGUGCCGUGGCGGCUGCAGAUCUGGAGCCUGCCUGAGUUCCUGGGAUCCUGUCACCAUGGAGACUGAAAGUGAGCAGAAUUCCAGCUCCAGCAGUGGGGGCUCCGGUUCUGGGGGAAGCACCCGGCCUCAGAUAUCACAGAUGUCUCUCUAUGAGCGACAGGCUGUACAGGCCCUGCAGGCACUCCAGAGGCAGCCCAAUGCAGCCCAGUACUUCCACCAGUUUAUGCUCCAGCAGCAGCUUAACAGUGCUCAGCUUCACAGCCUGGCUGCUGUCCAGCAGGCUACAAUUGCAGCCAGUAGACAGGCCAGCUCCCCCAACACCAGCACCCCACAACAGACCACCACCACUCAGGCCUCUAUCAACCUAGCCACCACGUCAGCUGCUCAGCUGCUCAGUCGGUCGCAGAGUGUGAGCUCCCCCAGCGCCACCACGCUGACGCAGUCCGUGCUCCUGGGGAACGCCACCUCGCCGCCUCUCAACCAGUCCCAGGCCCAGAUGUACCUCCGGCCACAGCUGGGGAACCUGUUGCAGGUAAACCGGACCUUGGGCCGCAAUGUGCCUCUUGCCUCUCAACUCAUCCUGAUGCCCAACGGGGCUGUGGCCGCUGUCCAGCAGGAGGUACCACCCACUCAGUCUCCUGGGGUCCAUGCAGACACAGACCAGGUGCAGAACUUGGCGGUGAGGAGCCAACAGACCUCAGCCACUAAUGCCCAGCUCCAAGGCUCCGCUCAGAAGGCAGCUCUGCCAGGAAGCUCCCAGGCUUCAGGCUUGCCACAGUCCACCAGCACAGGCCAGACCUUGGCAGUGGCUCAGGCCUCUUCUGUCAGCACAGGCCAGUCCCUCAAUUUGAGUCAGGGAGCAGCAGGCAGCAAUGGUGUUUCUGGGGGUGUGGUGGCAAGUGGUGGGAGCCAGACUUCAACGGGAUUGAGCCAGACCUCUUCAUCAGGUGCUCCUGGCAGCUGCCAAAGGAAAGGCACGGGGGUGGUUCAGCCCUUACCCAUAGCAGCUGCCCAGGCUGUGACUGUUAGCCAGGGAAGCCAGACAGAGACAGAGAAUGCAGCCACAAAGAAGGCUGAAACGGACAGUGGUGGACAGCAGACAGUAGGCAUGAACCUGACCAGGACCGCAACGCCAGCACCCAGCCAGACGCUGAUCAGCUCAGCUACGUAUACACAGAUCCAGCCCCACUCUCUGAUCCAGCAGCAGCAGCAGAUCCACUUGCAGAAGCAGGUGGUGAUCCAGCAGCAGAUCGCCAUUCAUCACCAGCAGCAGUUUCAGCACCGCCAGUCCCAGCUCCUCCACACAGCCACCCAUCUUCAGUUGGCCCAGCAGCAACAGCAGCAAGCACCAUCUCUGACCCAACAUCAGCAGCAAGCUCAAGCUCCACAGCAGCAAGCUCCACCUCAAAACCAACAGCAGGCUCAGACCCUUGUGGUGCAACCUAUGCUGCAGUCCCAGCCUGUGCAGCUCCAGCAGGACAGUCCUUGCCAGCCAGCCACCAAGUCACCAGUUCCAAUUCAGUCAAAAUCUCUGGUCACCCCUAUCAAACCACCUCAGCUUGGGCCUGCCAAAAUGUCAGCAGCACAGCAGCCUCCACCACACAUCCCCGUGCAGGUGGUGGGCACUCGGCAGCAGGGCUCAGGCCAAGCCCAGGCGCUGGGUUUGGCGCAGAUUGCUGCAGCCGCGCCGACGUCCCGGGGAAUGCCAGCUGUGGUCCAGCCUGUUUCCCAAGCUCAUGCUGCUUCCCCCUCGUCAUCUUCAGCCCCAGCUUCCUCACAGGAAGCUCCUUCUCUCACUACAGGGGUGAAUUUGGCACAAGUUCAAGGCACAGCCCACAUGGUCAAGAGUCCAGCCUCCUCUCCAGUUGUGGCUCAGAUGCCAGCAGCAUUCUACAUGCAGUCUGUCCAGUUACCAGGCAAGUCUCAGACCUUAGGGGUAAAGCGCAAGGCAGAGUCAGAGGAGGAGAAGGAGGAGUCUCCCAGUGUCACUGCAGUCCUGCCUGCUAGGUCUUCUCCUAUAACAGACAGCCCCAAAAACAUGGAGGAGAAGAGUGGCCUUGGAGAUAAAGCUGAUCCUGCUGCUAUUGCAACCCCAAAUACCACCUCAAGUGAAGGAGCAUCAGUCGCCCCCAGCUCUGCUCCCACUCCCAACCUGGCAAUGGUGUCACGUCAGCUGGGAGACUCCAAACCCCCGCAAGCCAUUGUGAAGCCCCAGAUCCUCACACACAUCAUCGAAGGCUUUGUCAUCCAGGAAGGAGCGGAGCCUUUUCCAGUGGGUUGCUCCCAGUUGCUGAAAGAAUCUGAGAAACCACUGCAGGGAGAAGCACUUUCAGGCCAGAGUGAAAACCUCUCCAGCAAUUCCCCAGGAGGGGACAGUGCUUCUGUGGAGCUUGAUAAGAAGGCAAACUUGUUGAAGUGUGAAUACUGUGGGAAGUAUGCUCCAGCAACCCAGUUCCGUGGCUCCAAGAGGUUUUGUUCCAUGACCUGUUCUAAAAGGUACAACGUGAGCUGUAGCCAUCAGUUUCGGCUGCAGAGGAAGAAGCUGAAGGACUUCCAGGAAGCCAACUACGCUCGAGUGCGCCGGCGGGGCUCGCGGCGCAGCAGCUCCGACAUGGCGCGCACCAAGAUGCAGGGCAAGCGCCACAGGGGCCAGGAAGACUCAAGUCGAGGCUCUGAUAACUCCAGCUAUGAUGAAGCUCUGUCCCCUACAUCUCCAGGACCCUUGUCAGUAAGGGCUGGGCAUGGAGAGAGGGACCUGGCAAACUCUAGUAUGGCUCCACCUACCCCAGAUCUCCAUGGCAUCAACCCAGUCUUCCUGUCCAGCAACCCUAGUCGUUGGAGUGUGGAGGAAGUGUAUGAGUUUAUUGCGUCGCUGCAAGGGUGCCAAGAGAUUGCUGAGGAGUUUCGCUCACAGGAGAUUGAUGGCCAGGCCCUGUUGCUUCUGAAGGAGGAACACCUCAUGAGUGCCAUGAACAUCAAGCUGGGACCAGCUCUUAAGAUCUGUGCCAAGAUCAAUGUCCUCAAAGAGACUUAAAAGCUCCAAAGCCAGACGUCUCACUUUUGCUUUGACCCCAGGGCAGAGCAUCCUUCUGGGGCAGGGAAGAAUGGGACAGUCCCCUGUGGCCUUGCAUACAAGAAUGAGAAGGUUCUCUGGUUUGAACUGCCAUGCACAAGCCCAAGUCUUGGUCUCGUAAUGGUGCUACAAGGGGGAGGAAAACUCCCACCUGGGGCUUUGAAAUAUCUUUCCUUCUUAAUUUUGAGUAUGUCUCUCCAUGUAACACAUUGUUCUGGGGACUUCUUUCUGACUUAGCAGACUCCUGAGAGGGAACUGCCUUUGCCCCUUUUUUUUGCUACAGCAAGUCUGCUAGAUCUUUGUUUUGAAUGUCACUGUGCCAGAACCUGAGGCACAGGAAGAGCCAGUCCCACAGGGGCACUGGGAGCAGCUGUGUGCUUGGAGCAUUUAAGAGGGGGAACUAGUAAAUUCCAAGUGACAGAGGUGGAGGAACGAGUUGAGCAAAAGCUGUUCUGCUCUUCAAUAGGCUGCUCGUUAAGUGGGUGUAAUAGCCAUUCCAGCAUGCAUACCAAACUUGAAGGCCCAUGGCAAUGGGAGCUGCCUUAGCUUGACUGUCUCCUGUGGAGAGGCAGAGUGAAGACAGUGUGUUGUGGCAGCUAUUCACUCAGAUGCUCCUCUCUGAAUCAGCCAGAAGAGAAUUUAUCCUGAGUACUUAUGACAGUGAUGGGAAAAUCAAAGGGGAGGGGGAUUGUCUUACAUGAGGGAACCCUGCAGCACUUGGAUUGUCUCCCUGUUGUGCUUGGGCAUAAUUUACAGAUCCAAAGCAGUUUCCAUGAGCACCAAGGCUCUUCAGAACAUCGUCUGGGGUUUUGGUUUUGGGUUGUCUGGGGUGGGGUUUGAUGUUCUUUUUAUCAGUUUGUAUUUUUGUGUCUGUCUUCAUUAUUCUCAGGAGAGCUAAUGGGACAAAAGUGAAGCUGGCAGGGUUGGAUUGCCUGCUUCAGGCUCCCUUUUUUAUCACUUUGUUUUGUGUUGUAUAAAACAAGUACUCCUCUUCCUCAGACAAAGCUGCAAAAC